UGAACUGGAGGACCCCGGGGGGCUCUGGGGGUCCUCCGGACACAGAACCCCUCAGAACCGCCCCUGCUGCGGUGACCCAGCUUCUGCGGGACUCCGGGUCACAUCCGCGCCCCGCAGAUCCGUUCCCGGUCCGGGUGUGCUUGACGUGCAGAACCGCUGGGUGUCUCGCUUCCACCAGGCAGAGCGGGGGGAGGACCGGCGCGGGAGGGGCCGGCGCUGGGACACACCGGUUCCGUCACGGCGCGCCCCGAGCGGACAAAGAGGCGCACGCGGUCUGCGGGAUCGUCCGUGCGGUGCGGCGGCUGGAGGCGGGCGGAGCAGGUGGAUGUUCGCGGGUGGGGCUCCAUGGAACCGAAGGGGAGCAAGCUGCUCCUGCAGGAGCUGCUGACCGCAGCCGGAAACGACGCGUGCGCGGACUGCGGCAACCCAGAACCGGACUGGGCCUCCCUGACUCUGGGCGUGUUCAUCUGUCAGGCCUGCUCGCUCCUCCACAGGAGCAUCCCCCACAUCAGUCGGGUCAAGUCUGUGCAGGACGAGUGGGAGGACAGCGAGGUGCAGCUGAUGGCUGCAGGAGGGAACAAUGCAGCUAAAGCCAAAUAUGAGCAGAAGGUUCCUGCGUUCUACUACAGACCAAAACACACCGACUGCAAGCUGCUGAGGGAGCAGUGGAUCCGGGCCAAGUACGAGAGGAACGAGUUUGAGUUCAUCGAGAAGCAGGAGCCGUACUCUGCAGGCUACAGGGAGGGGUUUCUAUGGAAACGGGGCAGAGACAACGGCCAGUUCCUCAGCCGGAAGUUUGUCCUGACUGAGAGGGAGGGGGCGCUGAAGUACUACAACAAGCAGGACGCCAGGGAGCCCAAAGCCGUGAUGAAGGUGGAGACUCUGAACGCCACCUUCCAGCCGGCCAAGAUCGGGAACCCGUGCGGUCUGCAGAUCACCUACCUGAAGGACAACAGCACGCGCAACAUCUUCGUGUACCACAGCGACGCGAAGGAAAUGGUCGACUGGUUCAACGCCAUCCGAGCGGCGAGGUUCCACUACCUGCAGGUGGCGUUCCCUGGAGCGGGCGACGAGGAGCUGGUUCCUAAACUGACCCGGAACUUCAUGAAGGAGGGGUUCAUGGAGAAGACCGGCCCAAAGCACACCGAGGGCUUCAAGAAGAGAUGGUUCACCAUGGACGACCGGCGGCUCAUGUACUUCAAAGACCCUCUGGACGCCUACGCCCGGGGGGAGGUGUUCAUCGGCAGCAAGGAGAACAGCUACACCGUCCUGGCCGGCCUGCCGCCGUCCACGCAGGGCCACCACUGGAACCACGGCAUCACCAUCGUCACGCCGGACAGGAAGUUCCUGUUCGCCUGCGAGACGGAGGCCGAGCAGCGAGACUGGAUCUCCGCCUUCCAGAGAGUCAUCAACCGACCCAUGCGGCCGCAAGAAUACGCAG